ACGACAGCGUGGCGGCGGAGCGUGAGCCCGGCGAGGUGGUGGACAGUCUGGUGGGGAAGCAGGUGGAGUACGCCAAAGAGGACGGUGGGAAACGCUCGGGGAUGGUGAUCCACCAGGUGGAGGCCAAGCCCUCCGUCUACUUCAUCAAGUUCGACGACGACUUCCACAUCUACGUCUACGACCUGGUCAAGACCUCCUAAGACUCUCCAAAACCUGCCCACCACGCCCCUAAACCCCCCAGGGUUUCAGACCUGCUGAGACCGGAGGGAGGUCUGUCAUGAGGCGCCUUAAAGACCAGGAACAAGUCCAAACAGAACCAGCUCAUCUUUGUUUUUGUUUGUUUCAUCAGCUGUGGUUUACAAACUGCACCGCCCUCAGGCCCCGCCCCUUUCUCCUGGCCUGAGGAAGGAGGGGCGGGGUUUACAAAC